AGGGGUGGAAGCCGGCGGCGGCGGCGGCGGCGGCGGCGGCCGAGCGGGGUCAGUUCUCUGGAGCGUUUGCCAAUGUUGGAGCCGUCUGCUAAGUGUGCCCGGCGAGGAGAUGUUCUCGGUGCAGCUGAGUCUUGGCGAACAGACAUGGGAAUCAGAAGGGAGCAGUAUAAAGAAGGCCCAACAAGCUGUUGCCAAUAAAGCCCUGACUGAGUCUACGCUUCCCAAACCGGUGCAGAAACCACCCAAAAGUCACGUUAACAAUAAUCCAGGCAGUAUAACUCCGACUGUGGAACUGAAUGGGCUUGCUAUGAAAAGGGGAGAGCCUGCCAUCUACAGGCCAUUAGACCCAAAGCCAUUCCCAAACCAUAGAGCUAAUUACAACUUUCGGGGCAUGUACAAUCAGAGGUAUCAUUGCCCAGUGCCUAAGAUUUUCUAUGUUCAGCUGACUGUAGGAAAUAAUGAAUUUUUUGGUGAAGGAAAGACUCGACAAGCUGCUAGACAUAAUGCUGCAAUGAAAGCCCUCCAAGCACUACAGAAUGAACCGAUUCCAGAAAAAUCACCUCAGAAUGGCGAAUCUGGGAAAGAACUGGAUGAUGACAAAGAUGCGAAUAAAUCAGAGAUCAGCUUAGUGUUUGAAAUUGCUCUGAAGAGAAAUAUGCCUGUCAGUUUUGAGGUAAUUAAAGAAAGUGGGCCACCACAUAUGAAAAGCUUUGUUACGCGGGUGUCAGUGGGAGAGUUCUGUGCGGAAGGAGAGGGAAAUAGCAAAAAACUCUCCAAGAAGCGUGCUGCAACCACUGUCUUACAGGAGCUUAAAAAACUUCCGCCUCUUCCUGUAGUGGAAAAGCCAAAACUAUUUUUUAAAAAGCGCCCUAAAACAAUAGUGAAGGCUGGACCAGAGUAUGGUCAAGGAAUGAACCCCAUUAGCCGCCUGGCGCAAAUUCAACAGGCCAAAAAGGAAAAGGAGCCAGAUUAUGUUUUGCUUUCAGAAAGGGGAAUGCCUCGACGUCGAGAAUUUGUGAUGCAGGUCAAGGUGGGCAGUGAAGUUGCUACAGGAACAGGACCUAAUAAGAAGAUAGCCAAAAAGAAUGCUGCAGAAGCAAUGUUAUUACAACUUGGUUAUAAAGCAUCCACUGGUCUUCAAGAUCAGCUUGACAAGACAGGAGAAAACAAAGGAUGGAGUGGUCCAAAACCUGGGUUUCCUGAACCAGCAAAUAACACUCCAAAAGGAAUUCUUCAUUUGUCUCCUGAUGUUUAUCAAGAGAUGGAAGCCAGCCGCCACAAAGUAAUCUCUGGCACCACUCUAGGCUAUUUGUCACCCAAAGAUAUGAACCAGCCUUCAAGUUCUUUCUUCAGUAUAUCUCCCACAGCGAACAGCUCAGCUACCAUUGCCAGGGAGCUCCUUAUGAAUGGAACAUCUCCUACAGCUGAAGCCAUAGGUUUAAAAGCAAGUUCUCCUACUCCCCCUUGUUCUCCAGUACAACCUUCAAAACAACUGGAAUAUUUAGCAAGAAUUCAAGGCUUUCAGGUAUGAAUUAAAAACAAAGAAACCAGUUCAUUAGCCCCAGAUUGUUCAUCUCUGUCCAUCUGACGGCUCAUUGUUGCCUGCCAGUGUGACCUGUUGGCCACUUACAUUAGAAAUUGUUUAGGAACACAAGGUCAGAGAAGGGAGAACCACAGGCACAUGCCGGCUUUUUUCUCAUUUUGUCUGUCCAGAAGUUAUUUUGCUGCCUGACUCUCUUUCAUUUUUUUCUUUGUCCCCAUUUUCCUUUUUAAACAUUUCUCACACACUAUUCAGUCUUCCAUUUGUUCUUAACUGGGUACCUUGCUCUCGGCACACUGUCUUCCACAAAAAUUCUGUCCUUAGAUACUUGGUGAUAAUGUUUCACACUCGAUUCCUUCCUCUUUUAACAUUAAAAAAAAAUUUUUUUUUCUAAUGAUGAUUUUUGCAUUCAUAGAAAUUUUGAACUUACCAUUCUGUGGUUAGUUGUGAUUCAGGUACAUGAUUAAGGUACACAUCCUAGAAGCCUGUUACAUUAGGACUUAAUUGAAUUUGGUAUGUGAAUGAUAACAAAAUGCUUUCUAGUUGUGUAAGGUAUGAUAAUGUGUAUUGGUUUUACUGGGUCAUGUUUUGAGCUAUCUAGGUUGGGUAGUACCUGCCUCAGGUGGAAUCUACAAUUCUGUUUCACUCAGUAGGCUAAAACUAGCUUGUAGUUUAAAAUAACUUGUGUAUGUGAGUUGGGGAUGGAAACUUUGCUCCCCUUUAUUUAUUCUUGUUUUCCUUUCAAGAAAAAUCAAAAACUAAUACUCCCUGAUGGAGUGGUUAAAAGAAUUGUUAACCCUCAGAAGGGAGAAUCCAUGUGUCUUGGUUUCUUAGUUGCCUUGAAGAUGAUGUACUGAACUGUAACUGCUAACCUGACUGGAUGAACUGCAGCUUGCUUGUGUCUAGAAUGAGCAUAUUGCUUCCUCAAUUUUACUGUUCUCACUGCCCUUUCCAUCUUAGUCUUAUUCUUUAAGACCAAAAACUGUAAUUUCCUUUAGAAAUGCUCUAGAAGAACUGUAUUGUGUAGAGUAAUUAUGUAUUUAUAAAAAUUUUACAAAUUUAGAUUAUAAAAAUACAAAACAAGAUCAUGUGUUCUUUGGGGCUAUUUUGCAUGUUUGGUUUCUUUUUCUCCCUUCACAGAGCUCUUCUGUUUCUUUCAAAUCUGUUGCCAGAUAGUUGUUAGUGUUUUUAAUUGGACUAUUAAUAUUAAACUAAAGAAGUUGUUACCAAUUAUUGGCUGUGAAAUUUUAAAUGCAUAAUUUCAAGUUAACAAUUUUAAAAUUUGUUUUAAUUGUCUACUUGAAAAAUCACAAUAAAUCACUGUAAAGGAAAAAAAAAAAGAACCUUAGUUCAUAUGAAAUGGAACUCAAGUAGUAUUUGGCCUUUGUCUUUAAUCUGCAUAGGCCGAAUUAGAAAUAAACUGAAGAAAAUGAACUCACUGCUUACUUACAGAUCUAGUCACUUAGAAAUAUCUGAGAGUAACACUGCAGUUUUGUAGAAACAAAACACAAAUUGUACUCAAGCCCUGAAUUGAUUUUUUGCUUGGAGAUGUUACUAUGAUAGAUGUAACUUUGCUGCCAGAACACUUAGCUUUUUGUUUUGUUUUUAUUUGUUCUGUACAAUGACAAUUAUAAUUUCAACAUAUCUUCACUUAUCUAAAAUGCAGUUUGCUUCUUCCAGUGGAGAGUUGACUGUUUAGGCCUUUUAGAAAGCUUUUAGUAUAUGCUUAUUUAUGGGCACAUUAUACAUUUUCAGAUAUGUGUCCUUUAAUUCUGACAUACCGAUGACUACAAACAGAUGGUGUAAAAACAUUCCUGUGUUUAUUUGGCUGAAUAACCUGAUAUUGAUGUGAAAUACUGUGUCACUAAGGAGUUAGAACAUAUAGUUGAGCAGUGAGCCAUCUCUGUGGGAAGUGACUUGGUGUUCUGUCCCACAUUGAACCUGUUUUCCUAAUGUCAUGGUAGAAGGUUCUUUAUGAUUAAAAGUUUUAAAGCCUGUUUCUCUCUAGGUCAUUUUCACAGGUAUAUUUAUCUGGCAGAAAAACAUGUAGAUUGCUUUUAUUUCUCAAAUGUUUUAAUUGGCCUGUAGUUUAGAAAUUAUAGAUCCAGCUUGUUGUAGGUAUUUUUCUGCUUUGUUACUUUGGAAUUUAAAAACAAUAAAUUCUUUCGCUUUGUAUCUAGGCUAGUACUUUUUAAUUUUAUUGCACCCUAAAUAGAUAAUGUUGCUUGUUGGAUACUGAAUAAACCCUUCUCUGGCCGUUCAUUGCAGUUUGACUUAAGCCUCCAUGAGCCAUUGUAUAUGACAGCUGCAUUACAUUACAAAGUAAAAUAUGCGACUGUAUUGAAAACAAAGUUGUUUUUAACUUUGAAAUUUUUCAUUAUCACACCAUUAAUUGAAUCACAAAAAGUAGUUUGCUCAUCAGAAUGUAGCUAUAAGCUCACAACCUUUUUUUCAUAAGUAAAAUUAAAGUUACUGUGCACAAAGCUGAUUUCAUGGAAGAGAUUGUGACUGAACAUCUGCACAUUUUCAGUGAUUGUCCAACCGUUUGCUUUAACCUUUCUUGCACCAACUGAAAUUUCAUUACAUGUUAGAAUCAACCUUUUUGGAACU